CAACCGAACAGGCAUUUGGGAAAUAGCUAUGACGACAGGGGUGCCGUUUUUGGCACAACACCGGAAGAGCAACUAGUGCAAGUUUAAUGGACAACAAGGAAUAAACGCUUGUUUAAGUUUAGUCUCGAUAACACGCGUACUCUUCUUUGUCGGAGCCUAGUUUCUUUUGAGUCGCUAAAAUGCCUUUAUUUUCCCAAAAUCCCUUCGAUCAAGAUGUUGAGAAAGCAACAAAUGAAAACAACACAACAGAUGACUGGGGGCUCAUCAUGGACAUCUGCGAUAAGAUUGGAACGACAGCCAAUGGCCCGAAGGACGGCCUGAAAUCCAUAAUGAAGCGAGUCAACCACAAAGUGCCUCAUGUCGCCAUGCAGGCUCUCAACCUGCUGGGGGCUUGUGUCUCAAACUGUGGUAAAAUAUUCCAUCUGGAAAUCUGCUCCAGGGAUUUUUCCAGUGAAGUACGCUCCGUGUUGGGCAAGGCCCAUCCGAAGGUUUGUGAAAAGCUAAAGGCCAUGAUGGUGGAGUGGGCAGAAGAUUUCCAGAAGGAUCCACAGCUCAGCUUGAUUGGUGCCACCAUCAAGUCUCUGAAAGAAGAUGGCGUCACCUUCCCUACCUCAUCCUCACAGGGAUCCAGCACAAAGGUCAGCACACCUGCUGCAAGUAAAGCACCAGAUGAGGAGGACCUGGCCAAAGCCAUUGAGCUGUCCCUACAGGAGCAGAAGCAACAAGCAGACACACGAGCCCUAACCUUGACCUCUGACCCCCCAAACCUCACUAACGGAAGUGGAGGACAGGAAGCCCGCAAGGUGCGCGCGCUGUAUGACUUUGAAGCUGCUGAAGACAACGAGCUCACCUUUAAAGCUGGAGAACUCAUUCUGUUGUUGGACGACAGCGAUCCAAACUGGUGGAAAGGAGAAAACCACAGAGGAGUUGGGCUUUUCCCCUCUAACUUCGUCAGCACCAGUCUGAACGUUGAGCCAGAGCCAGUGGUUUAUGUAGAGAAGGCAGCCAGUUCUGACGAGGCGAGCCCGGAACUCAAAGCUGAGCCCGAGCCGGUCUACAUCGAUGAGGCGAAGAUGGAUCGAGCGUUGGCGCUGCUGCAGAACACGGACCCUGCGGAUUCCACCCCUGACUCGUCGGAGCUAACACACCUGGAAGAUGCUUGUCAGCAGAUGAACCCGCUGAUAGAUGAGAAGCUACAGGAGAUCGACAGGAAUCACUCCGAGCUAUCGGAGCUGAACGUGAAGGUGCUGGAGGCCCUGGACCUCUACAACAAACUCAUGAACGAAACUCCGUUCUACUCGGCUUACUCCAAGCUGCAGCCCCAGUACGGCCCAGCCACGUCUUCCAUGGCCAUGCAGGGUUACCUUGGACCAGCUGGGGCCCCCUACCUGCCUCCAGGGAUGCCCCAGGUUCCUCCUGUGCAGCCUUACGCUUUACCCAGCGACCAGCCUGGACCACUACAGUCUCUGCCCCCCUCUGUCUCAGCUCCAGCCCUCAACCAAGGCAUAGCAUCUCGCUCCUCAUGCACUGUUAUAAACGCUGCGGUUGUGAACCCAGUUCCAUACCCCCCCCAGGCGGGUGUAGCUAUGGAUUUGCCAGCCUAUUACAACUCCAGCAUGGCUCCUGUGUCUUAUCCGGUUGCUGGUCCUCCUCACCAGGCUCCUCCUCCUCCUCAGCAGCAGCAGCAGGCGUAUUAUCAGCAACCUCUGCUGUAGAUGUCUGACUGGAAGCAGACCUCAGGAUGCACCCCUCAGAUGUUCUACUUACCCCCUCCUCUCCGGCUGGACUUGUUUCCAGAAAUCCUCAGGCCUCGUCCACGUCUCUGCAAGCAGCUCAGCUAGGUUUGUGGAACGGGUCUGCUGCGCAUCAAACGUUUGGACUCGGUUCUGAUUCCGAUCAAAGUUUCAGAGCUUUUCUCAUCUCUCCUUGGGCUGAGCAGAACACAGAAGAGUUGGGUUGGCCUCCAAGUGCAGCAACCGUCUCACUAGCUUCUGCUACUCUCUCUCACACGAUGAUGUCGUUUUUCCAGAUCUCGUGUUCAGAGCUGGAGAAAGAUACGAUUUUCUAUGUUCUAGUCCUCUUUAUUACCUCCAUCCCACUUGUUAAUCCUAAACGGUGCUUUGCUGUCGAAGCACUCCUGAGUCCAGAUUAACGGUCAGACACUUCUCACACUUCUCCAUGGGAAGUGCAAGCAUUCACAGGAUCCGUGAUGUCGCCGGUGUUUAGUGCGGCAGUCAGAGCUGAUCUACUUUUCCUCUCAGAAGUGUGAGAUGGAUUCCUGCAAAGUCCAACCCAAAUGUACAGACAGCCUGUGAGACGACGCUGAGGGUAAACAAAGCUGAGAACACCAGAUGUACGUGGGCAGGGAAACCUGGGCCGUUCCCAAACGGCCACACGUGCAUGAUUAAAACACACACACACAAGCGCAGUGGCUUUAUGAUGGCAUGGUAGAGUUCCGAUCACAGCCUGAAUGCUUUGUUUGUCUUUGGGGUUUGUGUUUUUUUAUGUUGUAAACCCAGAACCAUUUGAUCUGAAAAGCUCGUGAUCAGAACCUCCAUCUCCUCACCCACCGGCGUCUCCACUCGGGCUGCUUCAUUCCACCUUCCCAUCACCCCACUGCCCUGCUUUCUGCUUUUAAAGACAUAUCUGUGUGUUUGGGUGUUGACGUGUUUUCUAAGGAUCAUCAGAUUUGAGAGUGAAAUUCUUUGUUGAUGUGAGAAGCUGCACUCGUUACCUUUAUGUCCUUAUUAGUGGGUUCCUUGCAUUCAGUGGAAACUAAGAUUUAAUGUUUAUGUAUAAAACCAAGAUGUUUAAUUUCAGAAUCACCUUUUUCCUGUGCUUUAAUUUAUAUAUAUUUAUAUGUGUGUAGAGAGAGAUUCUACAUUUUCAUGGGUAUAGGAAGAUGAAUCGUUCGUUUCUGUUCCGACAUCUCGGCAUGUUAGCAAACCCAACGAGGACUGAAAGCGUUUCCAGCCUGCUGGUGUUGCUCUUGAGCUGAGAUGAAGGUUGCUUUUCUCUGAAAUCUACCCUUGCGAGCAGUGACCUUCUGAUUUGAGACCAAAUAAAUGUUUCCUGUUAGCUCCCUCACAUAAGAGUUGUUGUAUAUUAAAUGUAAAUGACCUAGAUUUGUCACUGAUGUUGAAACUGCACCUUAGCUUUGUUAACGUGCAUUUACCACUGAAUGCCUUGUUUUUCUUUUCUGUACAAAUCAGAACAGUUACAUCGACAAAUCUUUUGCAAGGGAUUUCUUCCACAAAGUUCUUUGGAUUUGUAUAAUUCUGUACAUUUAAAGUAUUCCAGGAAAGGUUUCUUUAUCCGGGAUUUUAAACUUGCUUUUGCAACAGAGCAAACUAAAAAUAUUCUUUGAAAUAAAAGAGAGAAUACUAA